AACACAGUCAACACUCCAUACAGUCCAUACCAUAGUCGGCAUAGUCUAUAGAAUUGUAGACCUGUACUGACUAUAAUAUUAUAUUUUCUCACUUCUGUGGCUUUACUGUAUCAUCCGUGAAAUCCACAGGUAACGGUUCCACUUCCUUUUUUUGUUUGUACACCUCUCGUUGGUAAUUCAUUUUAUUUCCGUCCAUCGUUAAAGUUUGCGAAUCAACAACAAUACAUUUCAUUAUAUAAUCCACUUUUGUAUUUACAGGGUUUAACUAGAAACUAAAAAAAAUCAACGUCAUGGAAUUCCAAUUUGAUCUGAGCCAUAUCGCCCAGGAUCAGAUCAUCAAAAUCGACAAUACACUAUUGCCAGUCGGCUAUCAAAAAGAGGACCCAGAGUUGAAAAUGAUUAUUUCUAAUAUUUUGGAUAAAAUGGGGCAAGCUUCAGGAAUUGCUCAAGAGUUAAAAUCUCCAAUUACUUCAGCUGAAAAACUCAUGCGUUCAGAUCAUAUUCUAUAUUUAAUGACAGAACAAACUUCACCAGGACAUUUUGUUGUGGUUGGUUUGUUAAAAAUGGGAUGGAAGAAGUUGUAUUUAUUUAAUAAAAAAGGUUUAAGAACUGAAGCAAUGGUCUUCUGUUUACUUGAUUUUUAUAUUCAUGAAACUAGACAACGUCAUGGAUAUGGAAUAAAACUUAUGGAUUACAUGUUAAAAGAUAAUCAAAUUCAAGCAAGUCAGUUAGCUGUUGAUCAACCUACAAAUAAACUUUUACAAUUCUUAUGGAAAUAUUUUAACUUAUCCAAAUUAGUUAAUCAAGGAAAUAAUUUUGUAAUUUUUGAAGAAUUUUUUGAAAACUCAUCUGAUAAGGAAUCUGUUAGUGAUCGCUCAAGUGGAUAUAAAAGUCAACCAACAUUCGGACGUCAUGGUGCUGCUAGGCAACAAGAUUGCAUGGCAAAUAUAUUGUAUGGAGCAAAACCAUCAGAAACUCAAAAUGGAAAUUCAAAUGAAAAUGUGGACAGAGUUGAAUAUCAACAACGAGAUAGUAAACAGCAUAAAGAAGAACAUCAUGUUGAAGUGCAACAUCAUGUUGUGGAUGAAGGAGAUGGACAUAAGUCAAACCAUACUCAUCCAAAAUUAGAUCUCAAGAAUUUUCACACUCAAUUAUGGUAAUCAGUUAAACUUUGCCUUUUCUAACAGGUGGUAGCUUAUUAUUUGUUACAUAUUUAUUACUGUAUUCUAUUAACUCUUGUUAAUAUAUACUAAUCUUAAAUAUGACUGCAAUUAUAAGGUAGAAUUAAAAAAAGAAUGAAAUUUAUAUAAAAAAAAAUUGCACUAAUAGUCAUUCACUUUUAAAUACUAAUUUGAUAGUCAUAACAUUUGAUCCCCAACCUACUACCCACUUAAAAACUAAUGUUUGGUAUACAAACAAUAACAAAUAUUUUUUAUAUUAUUCCUCAAACUUUUGGUUGGUUAUUAGUCAAUAAGAAUAAUCA